AUGACGAUUUGUGGACUUGCAAACAUUGAAAUUGAUUGUGAUAACAAAGAAAUAUCUGUGUUUUGUAAACAUGAAUUACCAAACACAGGAUCUAAGAUCAUUGGAGCAGUUUCUGUGCUUUUUGUUCAACAACCUGUUUCAGCUACGUUACGCAAAAAUACUCAAAAUGCCCAGCAAAGAUCUUUCCAAACAGGAAACUGCGAAGAAAUUCAUGGAUCAACAGGUGAUACCAAUAAAUUAAAAACAUUAGAUCAAAGUCUUAAGUUGGAAGUGCCAUCAUCAUUGUCAGUUAUCAAUCUUCCAUUUGGAGAAUCACUGGAAAAGCAUUUCUCCCAGACUUUACUACAGAAUCCUGAACAAAAUGUAGAACAACGGAGCAGUUUGAAAAAGGAGUAUCAGCAGAAAAGUAGCAGCAAAGAGAAUAAUCCAAAGGAAGAAACUAUCACAGCUCAAAAAGUUGUAGUUGAUCUGAGUGGGGAAAUGAACCUUCCAGAAACUGUCAAAAAUACCAGUCAAAGUGGUACAGAGACUUCAGUUCAGAAACAUACAAAAUUAAAAUUACCAACAAGCUCUAGCUCUACACCCAGUAUUCAUUCCAUUCGUACAAAACCAUUCCACACCCAGAGACCAUUGAAAAUGCCAAGUAGUUCACAGCAUAGUUCAAAAAUGAUUGCUUUGUCUCGUCCACCUGUUCAUCCUGAAAGAUUUCAAGCAAACAACCGUGAGUCAAGUUUAAUUCACAAUAUGCCUAGGCCAUCUCAACAGAGAAACUCAAGGUCAAUCAUUCCGAGGCGCAGAGGAUUUGAUUUGCAUUGUUUUGUGUGCCAUCAAGUUCUAGAAACUUACAGACAAGUUGGAGAACACUGUAAUUUACACAAUUUGAAACAACAGUGUCCAGUAUGUAGAGCAAAAUUUUCUGCCACCUCAAAUAUGAAGAGACAUUGCCUUGGACAUUUCAGUCAUGCAUGCUUUCCAUGUUCAUUCUGUAAGGCUACUUUUAGAAGAAAAGAUAAUCUUCGAACGCACAUGCUUAGACAUUUGCAUAAAAACAACAAAAGUAAAUGCACUGAAAAUACUGGGAAUAAAUCAAAUCACACUGAAAAGUCAAAUUCAUUUGCAAACAGAGAUUGUGUAAAUGAAUUGCCAGGGAUACAGAUUGGUGAUGAAGUGGAAAGAGUAGAGAGUUGUGAGCAUGGAGAAAAUGCUGAAUUUGUAAACUUGCCAAUCAAACAAGAAAAUGAAGAGGUGAGGGUGUUAGGUUUAAUGGAAGCAACAGAAACAAAUGAAAAUCCUAACAAAGUUAUACAAGAACAAUGUACUGCUUCAAAAAAUGCAAAUCAGUAUAUUGAAAAUGAAAAUCAGGGAAAGGAGGAAAGAAUAGUCAGCUAUAACUGCAGUUCUUGUGGGAUGAAAUUCUCUGAUUUACAUAGUGUAAGAAAACAUGUGAUUAGGCACCAUGCUGAGCAGGUCAGUCAGUUUUCAACUAUUGAAGAUGAUAGCAGCAUGUACUUGUCUCAUGACCAAUCUGAAAGGUACCAAGCACCAGAAGUAGAUCACAGCAUUACUGGUGAGCAUGCUUUGUCCAGAGAAACUGAUAGUGCAAAAGAUAAUAACCUGAUAAUGUCAGGCAACAAGAUUUCUUUCUCAAACCAAGAUUACAAUCAAAGCGAUGUUAUUGACAUUGAAAAUUUAAGCCAGGUGUCAAAUGGUGACACAAGUCACAGCUCAGUUUCUUUGGAGCAAGCCUCAUUCUCAGGAGCAAACCAUGAAAUACCUUCAUCUAGUACUCCCCAAUCUUCUGGUCAUUCAAAGGGUGGCAUGCUAGGGUCACCUACACUGAUGUGCAGUAUCUGUCAGCAGUACCUGCUAACUGGAGAGGCUCUUGUAGAACAUCAGUCUUUGCAUACUAAUGUGAUGGGAAGGGGACUUUGGUGUGUUGUUUGUGGCACACGUUUCAGUUCCAAGGACUGUUUACGUCGUCAUAUUAACAAUCACUUGGGCACUCGCUUUAAAUGUCCACUGUGUUCAAGUGUUUAUAGCCGAAAAGACAAUUUGAAAAAACAUGUGAAAGAUGUUCAUCAUUAUCACUAUGACAAAAAUGGGAUUGUAAGACCAUUAAUAUAAUUUCAAGAGUGAAGUAUUGCUGUGUUCAUAUAUUUGAAUAUCAACACCAUGCAUGCAAGUGCAACUCAUCCACUCUGACUCUUUAUCUCAUAAUCCCAAAUAGAUUGUGAAGAAAAGGAGAGAAUCAAAUUUAAAAGAAAAAAAUACUUGGCCAGUGACAGGAGUUUUAUUUUUUACUGUAUACAGGUAAAGUUUAGCCCCCUCCCCCUUCCCAUUUUAUUUUCACCCCUUUCACCCUCGUCGCUUAUAGCCGAAUUUAAAAUGGGGCAAAUUCCAAGUAAACAACAUUAUCUCUUAAAUAUGUCAGUGUCUGGGCAAAUUUAAAACGGGGCAAAAUUGUUUGAAAGUGUAAGAUGUAAAAGGGCAAAAGUUACACGGGGCGAAAGUAACCCUGUAUACAGUAUAUCAUGGGUAAUUUGUAAAGCUUGAAUUUUUUCAAUCUUGCACUUUUCAAGUUCAUUAUUUUCACUGAAUAGAUGUAUAAAAAUAUAUUUUUAUUUUCAUUAUUAUAAUAUUUUUUUAGCUCACCUGAGCCGAAGGCUCAAGUGAGCUUUUCUGAUCGAAAUUUGACCAUUGUCUGUCGUCGUUGUUGUUGUUGUCGUAAACUUUUCACAUCUUCAUCUUCUUCUCCAGAACUACUGGGCCAAUUUCAAUCAAACUUGGCACAAAGUAUCCUUCUUCAAAUGGAGGGCUACGCCCUCCUCCAAGGGGAGAUAAUUACGAAAUAGCAAAAAAUUAAUGGCAUUAUUGAAAAAUCUUCUUCUCAAGAACCAGUGGGCCAGGAAAGAUGAAACUCAUGUGGAAUUAUUGUCAGGUAGUGUAGAUUCAAGUUUGUUCAAAUCAUGACCCCCGGGGGGCAGGGUGGGGCCACAAUGGACAAUCAAAGUUUUACAUAGGAAUAUAUAGGAAAAAUCUUCAAAAAUCAUCUUCUCAAGAACAGCAAAGCUAUGAUUGGUCAUAUUUAUUUGGUAGCAUCCUCAGGUGAUGUAGAUUCAAGUUUGUUCAAAUCAUGACCCCCGGGGUAGGGUGGGGCCACAAUGGACGAUCAAAGUUUUACAUAAAAAUAUGUAGGAAAAAUCUUCAAAAAUCUUCUCCUCAAGAACAGUAAAGCUACAUUUAUGAUAGGUCAUAUUUAUAUGGAAGUAUCCUCAGGUGAUGUAGAUUCAAGUUUGUUCAAAUCAUGACCCCCGGGGGGAGGGUGGGGCCACAAUGAGCGAUCAAAGUUUUACAUAGGAAUAUAUAGGAAAAAUCCUUAAAAAUCUUCUCAAGAACAGCAAAGCCACUGUUUGUCAUAUUUAUAUGGAAGCAUCCUCAGAUAGUAUAGAUUCAAGUUUGUUCAAAUCGUGACCUCCAGGGGUAGAGUGGGGCCACAAUGAAAGUUUAAACUUGUAGAGAAAAAAAGUCACAGUUAGUCAAAAAAUUAUGUAAGCAUCCUUAGUUAGUGUAGAUUUAAUUUUGUUCAAAUCAUACCCCCACUCCCUUUUAGGGGUAGGUUAGGACCACUUAUGCAUUUAAGCUUUUCAAUACUAAACUGAUUUUUCCUUUUUUCCUCACCACAGUGCUCAGGUGAGUAAUGUGGCCCCUGGACCUCUUGUUAUGUUUUACUAUAGUUUGAAUAUUUACUUUGAAAGUAGCAAUUUAAUGCAACCUCACCUGAACAGUAAGCCUGUUCAUUUUUAACUGAUCAACUGAUCAAGGCAAAGAUAUGGUAUGCUUUAUUUUUUUUUUCAAGUUAGACAAUAUUGAGUAGGAUCAUAACUCAUUAUUACAAGUACAUGUAUAUGUUUUGAUUAUAUAUUUUGUUUAUGUUAUACAAUGUAUUUUAUAGCAUUCAACCCAGGGCUAUUUUUUUGUGUCGCCUGCAGAGCAGAGCGGCACUGAGGGAUCACUUUAUCUGGCAUCUGUCUGUCUGUCUGUCCGUCUGUCACAUCCUAUAUCUCGAGAACUGUAAGUAGGUAUGGAUUUGAUAUCUUGCGCAUAUGUUGCUUGGCACUAUGGCUUUUGUAAAUUACCAUGGUUACCCAUCUUGUGACCUUGGCCUUGACCUUUGACCUACUUCUCAAAAUAGUUCAUAGUGCUGAUAUACAGAAUAUUUUUUUUAGAUUUAAGAGGUAAGUCUAUGCAAUUUAGCAUAUACACUGUUUGUCAUAAUACAUUAUGAAAAAUAUGAGCAUUACAAUCCACUUUACCUUUGACCUACUUUACAAAAAAUACCCUGGGCAGUUUAAUGUAACUUCUGACUUUUGAAUUUUGAAUUCCAAAAUGGAUCAUGUAGACUGACAAUUGCAGUAAAGAAAGGCUGAAAUCUCUUCUGGAGGAUUGUUGGAAACAUGUAUAAAUAAAAUGAUGAAUAGUUAUUUCUAAUAAUUUCAAUUUAAUUAUUCAUUUGAGGGUUAGGGAACCACUUUUUUCUGAUUCUGUAGCAGUCUUGUAUACUAUUCAUGGAUGCCAUUUUUUUCUUUGCAGGCAAAUGCAUAAACUAUCAUGCUAAUAGUAAAUAAAAGACUGACCACUUUUAGAUUUAUUUACAUCUUUAAUGAAGCCACAAAGCAGGCAACACGUGUGUUCCUUGGAACACUAGUUUUUUUUGACUAAUUCUUGUUUUAAGAAAAUACUUUUCCUUGUUAAAUAAUUAUUUAUGAUAACUUUUUAUGAUCAUUUUCAAUAAAUUAUAUACAAAAUCACUGUUUACUAAAUAUCUUAUUGCUCUGUACUUCUGAUAUUUUUGAGAAUUGAUUUAUUUUCCUGUCAUUUCUAUGAGGAGUGGAUCUUAACACCCUUUAAUUGGUACCUUAAUUUGGUGUGUAA